GGUGCAUCAGCCCAAACACUACUCUUCUGCCAGCAUUUUUCUCCCUCCCCGUCCGGAAACGCUCUACUUUCCAGUCGUUAUAAUCUCCAAUUAUGGAUCACCGGUCUAAGCUCAAACUUGAGGCCGCUGCUGCAUGGAGCGGCGUGGUCUUUAUUGUGUUCUACCCCAUCUUCUGGCUCAUCAUCGGAAAGAUGCACCCUCCGGUUCCGUACAGUAUGUCGCCGGAAGAUAUGAAGGACUACUACCUGUCCCACCGUGAUGGGAUCAUGUAUGGCAUGGUCUUCUCCGCCGUGGUCGGUGGGACCUGGCUCCCCUUCACGGCUCAGCUGGCCGUCACCCUCCGCCGUAUAGAGGGCGAGGGUGCAGUCUUCACCCUCAUCUCCAUCCUGGGAGGUGUGCUCACCGCCUGGGCCCUUAUCUUCACCCCCGUCACCUGGAUGAUGCCUGCUAUGCGCCCUGACGCCGACGCUCAAAUCAUCCGCGCCUUCCAUGACUACGCCUAUCUCCUCUUCAAGGGAACAUUCGUGAUUUCGACGCUACAGGCCGUAGCUCACGGUGUCGUCGGCCUGCUCGACCGUUCCCCCCGUAAGGUCUUCCCUGCCUGGUCCUGCUGGGUCGCCAUUGCUGCCGGUAUCGGCUUUGCUGUUGCCGGCCCAACCCCCUUUAUCGAAUCCGGACCUUUCGCUCUCGACGGUUGGUUCGCUGGAUGGCUCCCGGGCACCGGAUUUUUUAUUUGGACAGCUGUAACUACUUACUACCUCAUCCUCGACGUCAACCAGCGACAGAAGGGAGUUGUCCUGGAGUGAGUAACUUCUGUGGCACAAACACCCGACUGCGAAAUACUGAGCACCAUGGUAGUGAAUCCACGGACUUGCCAUGAGCCCAGGUUCAAGAGUACGCACAGCAGUUCGGCUAUGGUCCCAGGGACAAACAACAAACCUCCAGAACGCGGCGAUCGCAAUUGGUUAUUAGGAAUAUAACAGGUUAGGAAAUGCAUAUUUCUUUAACAAAAUAGUAACCUUCCUUGGAGGAGAUAGACGAAACUUAGCUUAAACCUAUACUUAAAUCCCA